AAAAUUUCUGUUUUUUUUUCAGGAGGGAAACUUCACUAGCCUAGCUAGAUUUGUCUCGAGUUAGACUCCAUUUUUUGGGGGGCUACCCGAGUGUUCUUUAAAAAAUAUAGCUAGUGAUUUUUAUCACACUGAAGGGAGUCAUCACAAGUCAUGUCUGGUAUAGCCUUAAGUCGUCUUGCACAAGAAAGAAAGGCCUGGCGAAAAGACCAUCCUUUUGGGUUUGUUGCUGUGCCAACAAAAAAUCCAGAUGGAACAAUGAACUUGAUGAAUUGGGAGUGUGCCAUCCCUGGAAAGAAGGGGACACCAUGGGAGGGGGGCUUGUUUAAACUGCGAAUGCUCUUCAAGGAUGACUAUCCUUCUUCACCUCCAAAGUGCAAAUUUGAGCCCCCUUUGUUCCAUCCAAAUGUAUAUCCCUCUGGUACAGUCUGUCUAUCGAUUUUAGAGGAGGACAAAGACUGGAGGCCGGCCAUCACUAUCAAACAAAUAUUGUUAGGAAUCCAAGAGCUCCUAAAUGAACCAAAUAUCCAGGAUCCUGCUCAAGCUGAGGCGUAUACAAUUUACUGCCAAAACAGAGUGGAAUAUGAAAAAAGGGUUCGAGCACAAGCCAAAAAGUUUUCUCCAUAAAGCUUCAAGACUACACAAGAUUUAAGAAAUUGGUUUGCUGAGAAUUUUUUUGUCUCUGCCCCCUUUUUGUCUGUCUCCAAAACGAUGUCCAUUGCACACUUCUUUCCUGCUGGACUGUUUUAAAACUGAAUAUUUUGUGCCAUUUCUCUGUCCAUCACCCACCAUUCUGAUGCACCCCUUUGCUUUUUGAUUUGGGUUCCUGGAUUUGAAGGUGGACUAUGCUGCCACCACAAAGGAUUUUCCGUACUCCAACUGUGGUAUUUUAUCUUUUUUUCAAGAGCUCACGCUAGUCAGGAAAGACUGUACGAAAUGGGAGAGUCACUUCUAUUCAUUUUUAUUAAUGUAUUCAAUGUUAGGCAAAGUAAUUCUAUGUUCUGAUAAAGGUAUAGAAGAGAAAAUGGCCUCAAUGAAUCCCAUCAAAGGUAGUUUAAUGUAUCUGCAUCAGACUUAAGUUGUUUUGGUCCAAAUAUUUAGAUUGAAUAAAAAUGUUUGUACAAAGCUAGUGUUAAUACAUAUAGAUGGACUCAGUUCCAUCUUCCCCAAUGCAUUGUGUUGCCAGUUGAAUGUUUGUUACUCUUAAAGGUAGACUUUGAGCAAAAAUAACGGCUUUAGACUGUAUAACUGAUAAAAUCAGAAUCAUACCAGGUCAUUUUAAUGCUUAGAAACAAAAAUGGAUGAAAUAAGAUAUUUGGCUACAGAAGUGCCAUUUCGUACUGAUCUCUACAGCUUCUGUACAAAAAUAAAUCCUGUGAAAUGACA